AGUCAUGGAAAGUGACACAUUUAAGUGCACAAUUCCAGGCGAUUUUUUGUAUAGAUCGUUGCACCAGUUCGGUGUCAGCUUCAGUCGCAAAAAUGUUCCGAAAGUAUUGGCUCAUCUGGGCAUUGGCUCUGUGGGUAUGGUGUGCCCCCUAUGCCGGACAGGCUAAGAAGCAAAUCUUGCUCAACACAAUGAAGUGCUCCCUCAGUGGAAAAGUGUUCGCGAACAUCGAGUGCCGUCCAGAGACCCGGGAGGCCUUCAACCUGAUCCUCACCACCGACGAGCUGAAGACAGCGGAUAACGUUGUGGGCGUGUUCGAGCUCCGGCUCUCCAUUUACGGUCAAAGGAAGGCAAUUAUAGUAAAGAAAAUUCGCCUGGAUCUGUGCCAGCUUCGGGCUCAGCUUCGGGACAAGAAAUCACUCAUGCGCUUCUUCUACAAGGGCCUGCGAACCGCCAAUCACAACCUACCGGACAAGUGUCCGUUCCUCAGGAACACCACCUACUUCAUGCGGAAAGUGGAGCUGGACGCCAGCGAGCUGCCACCCUACCUGCCCGAGUACAACUUCACCUUCGCAGGCAGGAUCCACGCGAACAACGUCCUCUGUUCAGAGCUCCUCAUCACGGGGGGCUACUGCGAGGCCGAGCAGGACUGCACGGGACAGAGGGAGCUCUGAAGACGCAUGAAAUAAAGAAAGAGCACGCCUUUGACUCAAAGAGCAAGUCCCAUACGCGUUUAACUCACUCAAAACCGGCACCCGAACUGCUUAAGCGGGGAAAGAGCGGUAGGCGAAAGAGAGGGAGAGAGAGCGAGCGACUCUCUGAGCCAGUAGCCGAAUGAGCGGCUGGAAAAUUGUCUUUAACUAAGCCCGGCCAGAGCCAGUCAGCCGUCAAAGCCGUCAAAAAACUCAAAGCGAGCGGUACGCAUGCGCGCAGUCCGCAGAUCCGUUAGAAGCACUUGCCACAGAACAGAGUUGCGAUUUAAAAAGGGCCAAGUGGCGACACACGGGAAAGAACGCGUCUAAAAAUACUGCGCGAGAAAGACACCAAAGUGAAGUAAAUGAACAAAGAACUGAGAACUGAGAACAGUGAAGAAGAGAGAACAAGGAAUAAAAUAUAAAACAAAAAGCAAAUAAAGCGGAGGCAUAAAAAUUCCUCACAUCGUUCGGCGCGCACCAACGACAACGGCAACGGCAACGACAACGACGGGGCAGGCAGGAUCGAGUGUGGCGGACCGGACAAAAAGCCCCAAAGAGAAUACAACGAAAUAAAAUAAAAUAAAAUAAAAUAAAACAAAGUCCAGCGAAGGUGCGAGACAAGAAAUUAAAUUGAUAAAACCUAAGAGCAGGGCCCAGGCCUAGGUAGACGCAGACGCAGACGCAGACGCAGACGCAGACGCAGACUUGUCGCUGCUGUUUGCUGCAAUUAUCGGGGCAGCGCAUCGCGUCGGGAAUGCGCCCUGCGAGAGCGCGCGAGUGUGAGUGAGUGUCAGCGUACGUGACAGUGUGCGCGCGAGUGUGUGUGGCAAAUAGCUCAAAGCCACGAAAUCGCUUUAUCGGUGCGCCGAAAUCGCCAAUUGGAAAAAUUAAACAAAAAGAGAAACUGUUAAGCGAGAAGCUGAGAAGAAGGGCAAAUCCAACCCACAGAAAUAUUGACCCCCGGGCAUACAUACACCCAUACGGCCCAGCACACACACAGCCACAGCCACAGCCACAGCCACAGCCACAGCCACAGCCACAGCCACA